AUGGGUCUGUGGGAUUCCUUUCUCAACUGGCUCCGGAGCUUAUUCUUCAAACAGGAAAUGGAAAUUUCCCUCGUUGGUCUUCAGAAUGCGGGAAAGACUUCACUUGUUAAUGUCAUUGCUACGGGAGGCUAUAGUGAAGAUAUGAUUCCAACUGUGGGAUUUAAUAUGCGUAAAGUCACAAAAGGAAAUGUGACCAUAAAACUUUGGGACUUGGGAGGGCAACGAAGAUUUCGCUCCAUGUGGGAGCGCUACUGUCGUGGUGUCUCAGCUAUACUAUAUGUUGUCGAUGCUGCCGAUCGAGAUAGCAUUCCUAUUUCUCGAAGUGAAUUGCAUGAUCUGGUGAACAAGCCUACAUUAACUGGCAUUGCUUUGCUUGUUCUUGGAAACAAAAUUGACAAGUCGGAAGCACUUUCAAAGGAAGCCCUGGUGGAUCAACUAGAUCUUAGUUCGAUAACAGAGAGAGAAGUAUGCUGCUAUAUGAUCUCGUGCAAGGAUUCCGUAAACAUAGAUGUUGUCAUUGAUUGGCUUAUCAAACACUCAAAAACAACAAAAUGA